AGGCCGCCGCGCCGCCCACGUGACUCCUCGCGGUCACGUGACUGUUUGUCCUCCGUCAUGGCGGACUACAGGAGGGUCGUCGAGUUGGAAAGACGGAUUUUGGAGUUGGACAGCAAGUGCGCGUCUCUUCGGUCGGAGAAACCAGAUGAUGAUUAUUUACAGAAUGCAGCGUCUGUGUUGGAGAAGUUAAAGAGCUCGUACACACACACAGGAGAGAGCAGCAGUCUGUACAAACUUCUCCAGGAUUACACACAGGUGAUCCUGGACAUCACGUUCUAUGAGGAGAACAAGCUGGUAGAUCAGGAGUUCCCUGAGGAGAUCUCUCCAUUUAAGAUUCAGCAGCUGCUGCAGGAUCUGACCGAGCCUGAGCUGCUAGCGGCACGCCUCGCUCCCAACCAGGAGGUGCAGGCGGUGUUGGGUUUGGAGCUGUUGGAGUGUGUGUAUUGGCGGCGUGGAGCUCUCCUGUACAUGUACUGUCACACACUGCACCAGAGGAAACAGUGGAUCAAGAAGAACAAGGCCACGUUCCUCAAAUGUGUUCAGGAAGGUGUACGUUACCUGAUGAAGAUGUUGCAGGUGAGGAGCUCAGUGAAGCUCAGCGACGGUGUUGUCUUCCACGACUCCAACACUACCAACCUUCUGACUGAGGGUACACUGUCAGACACACACCUGUUGACGAUGAUGUAUAUCGGUGAGCUGUGUUUUUGGGCAGUAAAGUAUGAGGAAGGUGGAGGAGGAGGAGGAGUCGACUCGUCUCAGUGUAGAGACGACACACUGCACUUCAGAGACAUCGGUACACACAUCCUGCUCAAAUAUGUCCGAGUGUGUGAGGGGCCGCUACAGGGACAGGGCUGGAACACAGAGAACGCCAAGGAGAUCCUCAACAUCCUGCAAUAAACACACACACACACACACACACACACACACACACACACACACACAGUGCGCUUAUUUCUGUAAAAUAUUAGAAUUUUGUUUAAACAAAAAAAUUCCCAUAAAGCAGUUCUAAUUUAUACAAGUUAUUUAUUUAAUUGUAAUGGAGUUUUUUAUGUUCUGAUGGAAGCAUAUUAAAACACACACACACACACACACACACACACACACACACACACUCGGCCACUGACAGUGUUAAUGUUCAGUAUUUAUUUGGAGCGUGUGUGUUGUUCGGGCUCCUGCGGCUCAGUGUGGACUCUGUAAUGUUGAUAUUUUGAUAUUUUUGUGCAUUUUGAAAGUUUUCCCUUUUUUUCCUGCCUUGUUUCUUUUGCACUUUUAUUCAGCACUUCUGUUUACACUCGAAUAAAUUUUUGUUUAAAAAAGUGUUUAUUACUGAAUUUUACCAAAGACCUGUGUAUUUAUUCCCGUUUAUUUA